AUGUCUACUGAGAAACACGUGAGCAACCGGACGUGCCUGAAGUCGAAGUUGUCUCGUUUCAUCUUGGCAAUUGUGGUCCUGAUUGUGAUUAUUGUCGCCGUUGUCCCCUCCGUUGUGGUCACUACCCUCCACAAGAAAAAUAGCAUGGGUCCGAAGGCGAAGGUGUUCGUUCCACUCUACGUAUACCCUGCUCCUGAGGCGUGGGCUCCGCUGGAAAAUGUGAUAUCCGCCCACCCCGAUGUCAACUUUACCGUCGUAAUCAAUCCAGGAAAUGGUCCCGGCCCUGACUCUCUCCCGGAUGGCAAUUACACGCGCGAGAUCCCCAAACUCACUGCGUACGACAAUGUGCGGGUGUUGGGCUAUGUGUAUACCUCCUAUGGAAAGCGCAAUGCUUCUGAGGUUCGCAAGGAUAUUCAGACCUAUGCGGACUGGCCGACUAAUUCCUCCGACCCCAACCUUGCGGUUCGCGGAAUCUUCUUCGAUGAAACUCCUCAACAAUACGAAGCUCAAACCUUGACGUAUCUGCAAGGGCUCACAGAUUUCGUUAAGGGUCUCAAGGCUCUUGGCCCUGAUCAAUUUGUUGUCCAUAACCCCGGCGCUGUCCCGGAUUCUCGGUACCUGGCUACAGCUGAUUCAACCGUUGUGUUCGAAGCCGCCUACAGCACGUUCCGGGAACGGCAAGGCGCUAAGCUGUUCAGCAGCAUCUCGGACAGCAAUCGUACCCAACUUUGCGCCAUCGUCCACUCGGUGCCUGAGUCGGUCGAGGGCAAGGAUCUUCGCAGUCUGGUCAAGCAGGUGCGAAAGGUCGCGGAUGAGAUCUACAUCACCCAUCUGAGCACGAACUAUUAUGCCUCCUUUGGGUCUAAGUGGACUGAGUUCGUCGACCUGAUGGCAGCUUAG